CCAAAAAGACCACUAAAUUAUUUCAAAACUGCCCAACGAAGAAUUGAAGUCCUCCAUCCCCCCCUCCAUUCUCCACUCCUUCCCCCUCAAAAACUCCACUCUUUCUUAACCGCCCGCCAUGCUAAACCAAAAUCACACAAUCGAAUCCCAAAACCAAGCCGAAAUAGCCAAAUCCUCACCACCACCACCACCAUCUUCUCCUCUCCCUCCCUCCCUAACCCCAUCCCCUUCCCAUGAAUUCUCCUUCACAAUCUCCCUCCACCAUCACAAUUGCUCCCCCACUCCUUCCCCACUCGACCUCGCCCCCGCCGACGAAAUCUUCUUCCACGGCCACCUCCUCCCCCUCGACAAAUUACAAACCUUUAGGAACGGGGAGCCCAAUCCUAACCAUCACAACUCCAGCAAUAUUAAAAGCAACCCCAAACCUUCCUUCUCCUCUUUGGUUCAUCUCACCAAGUGGCUGAAGAGCAGCGACGUCGAGGACACCAGAAGGAAGAAUAAAAAGAAAAAGAAGUCCUUUGGCUUUAGCUGCUGUUGGAAGAAAGAGAAGGAGGACAGACAUCACUGCUCGCUCUCUGUCACCGCUAAUGACUCUCGAGAAGGAUCAUCACGGUGGCGGUGGAUAGGGGAGAUUUCGCCGCCGGUGACGAUAUGGACAUCACCGACUUCUGUGGGUGCUGGCACUUCGUCGGAGGAGAGCACGAUGGCGGAGCUCCAGAACGCGGUUCAGGCAGCCAUUGCGCACUGCAAGAAAUCCAUUGCCGUUAAGGAGGAAAAACUUAAUUGAAGAUAAAUUUGGAUGGGGAAAUCUUCUUCUACAUCUGUUAUUUAAGUCGUGUAUUGAGAGUUGUGGGAUGGAGAUUAAAGCUAUUUAUUGGGAAAUUGAUGUAAGGAAUUGUUACUAUGAUUUUCGUCGUUAAUAAAGAUCUUGCUUCU